UCAUCAAAAUGGCCGCGCCCUUGUAAGAAAAAAAUCGUCUGCCACUGUGUGAUUACUUUUAAGCAAAACAAGACUCUACCCAGCAAGAUAUUUCAGUACAGACACCCACCAUGGCUGGAAGACUGGGAGUGUGUGUGAGACAUUCCCAGAAACUUCUCUCUAAAAUCUGCAACCUACAACCUUCCAGCAUCAUACGAUAUCCAAACUUUCCAACCAGAACUUUGUCCAACACGGCAACAGACACAAAGGAUGACGUAAAAGCAAAAUGUGUACGACUGGAAGAACGUAGCCUUGUGAGAGUUGCAGGUUCGGAUACGUUACCGUUCUUGCAAGGUCUGAUCACAAAUGACGUCACCAGUCUGACUAUAGAGAACAGGGCUCUGUACACCAUGAUACUUAACGUACAGGGCAGAGUGCUGUAUGAUAUCCUGAUGUACAACCUCCAGAGUAACCCUGCCUCCCCGCCCAGUCUGUUGUUGGAGUGUGAUCACAACGUGGUGACGGAACUCACCAAACUUCUCAAGAUGUACAAGAUCAGGAAAAAGGUUGACAUCAGCAGUGUGGCGGAUGAGUACACGGUCUGGGCGCUGCUCCCGGGAACCUGCGACCCUCCUGCGUUCGUGUCGGACACAGGAAUAUCAGUCACCGACCCACGCCUGUCUGACCUUGGGAACAGGGUCGUGCUAAAGAGCGGGACCAAUCUUGUGUUUGACUGUACUGAGGGAACCCAGCAGGACUAUCACACACACAGAUACAGACUGGGAGUGGGGGAAGGGGUUAACGACCUGCCACCUGGAAACUGCACACCUCUGGAGUCCAACCUGGCCUACCUGAAUGGAGUGAGUUUUGACAAAGGCUGCUACAUAGGCCAGGAACUGACUGCUAGAACUCACCACACUGGUGUCAUCAGGAAAAGACUUAUGCCAGUCACCUUAGACAGACCGUCCAGUUUGGAGGCGGGGUCUACUCUGAGCAAUGAGAAGGGAAAGAACGUCGGCAAGUUCAGACAUGCACAAGGGGUCCAUGGGCUAGCACUAGUCAGACUGGCUCAUAGCCAAGAAAAGCUGCACUGUAAACAAGACAGUGGUGAAGAGAUUGGGAUAAAGGCAGAGACACCCCACUGGUGGCCAGGGGAUCCGCAACAAGCAUGAAAACUUUAUCUUGUGUAGAAAAAUAUGCAGAAAAUUCACAUGUAUAAUGGCUAUCUUCCUUUAAUUAGGCUCACAUACAGGAUACUGCUGAAUAAAGAUCUGAUUGGAUACCAGUACUGCAAAGAAAGCCAAAUAAAAAUUGCCGACAAACACAUAAAAAAUUGGAUGGACAAAGCUUUGAGAAUGAUGACAUUAUGAUAAUGAUUAAUUGUACUUAUAACUGUUGUAUAAGUAUGUGAUAUGAUAUGAAGUUUAUGGUUUCAACCUUUUUAAUGUCUAUUUGUUGAAUGUUGGGGAAUGCCCAGCCAAUUUUUUUGGAAGUCUAUAUGUAAUUAAUGUUACAUUAAAUGUUAGAUUUAAAAGAACCCAAUGCAAUCUUGACACUUUUACAAAGUACAAGUUGCACUGUGUA